ACGGGCCAGGCCCGGGGCCGCCGGCCAUGACCUUGGGCCGAGGGAUGGCUUCGGUGGUGCUGAACGUGGGCGGCGCCCGAUACUCGCUGUCCCGGGAACUGUUGAAGGACUUCCCACUGAGUCGGGUGAGUAGGCUACACGGUUGCCGCUCCGAGCGGGACGUGCUCGAGGUGUGCGACGACUACGACCGUGAGCGCAACGAAUAUUUCUUCGACAGGCACUCGGAGGCCUUCGGCUUCAUCCUGCUCUACGUGCGCGGCCACGGCAAGCUGCGCUUCGCGCCGCGAAUGUGCGAGCUCUCCUUCUAUAACGAGAUGGUCUACUGGGGUCUGGAGGGCGCACACCUCGAGUACUGCUGCCAGCGGCGCCUCGACGACCGCAUGUCGGACACUUACACCUUCUACUCGGCCGAUGAGCUGGGCGCGUCUGGCCGCGAGGAGGCGCGGGCUGCCAGGGGGUCCGAGCCGGCGGCCGCCAAGAAGCGCUGGCUAGAACGGAUGCGCAGGACCUUCGAGGAGCCCACAUCCUCUCUGGCCGCGCAAAUCUUGGCCACCGUAUCGGUGGUGUUCGUGAUCGUAUCUAUGGUGGUACUGUGUGCCAGCACCCUGCCCGACUGGCGGGCCGCGGCUGUGGAUAACCACAGCCUGGAGGAACAGAGCAGGUACACCGCCGGCCCUGGGAGGGAGCCUUCCGGGAUAAUUGAAGCCAUCUGUAUAGGUUGGUUCACUGCAGAGUGCAUUGUGAGGUUCAUCGUCUCCAAAAACAAGUGUGAGUUUGUCAAGAGACCCCUGAACAUCAUUGAUUUACUGGCAAUCACUCCCUAUUACAUCUCAGUGUUAAUGACAGUCUUUACAGGAGAGAACUCUCAACUUCAGAGAGCUGGAGUCACCUUGAGAGUACUUAGAAUGAUGAGGAUUUUUUGGGUAAUUAAGCUUGCCCGUCACUUCAUUGGCCUUCAGACACUUGGUUUGACUCUCAAACGUUGUUAUAGAGAAAUGGUUAUGUUACUUGUCUUUAUUUGUGUUGCUAUGGCAAUCUUUAGUGCACUUUCUCAGCUUCUUGAACAUGGGCUGGACCUGGAAACAUCCAACAAAGAUUAUGCCAGCAUCCCUGCUGCCUGCUGGUGGGUGAUUAUCUCUAUGACUACAGUUGGCUAUGGUGAUAUGUAUCCUAUCACAGUGCCUGGAAGAAUCCUUGGAGGAGUUUGUGUAGUGAGUGGAAUUGUUCUAUUGGCGUUGCCCAUAACUUUUAUCUACCAUAGCUUUGUGCAAUGUUACCAUGAGCUCAAGUUUAGGUCUGCUAGAUAUAGUAGGAGCCUUUCCACCGAAUUCCUGAAUUGACACGUUGCUGCUCUCCUCCUGCUGCUACCUGUUCCACGUCCACUGAUCGAAGCAACAACCAUCAUGUCUGGAUGAUCUCGAAAAGAAGAUUGUCAUCAGCUUCGAUGGGUAAAUGUAAUCCUGCCCUGUGGAGGAGAAUAUUUCAUUUAUUAAGAAAGAAGUAGGAUGGAACUUAAGAAGUGUCACGGUGGCUCUUAGAAUGAUGACAGGAAGAUUUCAGGACAUUAUUUAGACUUUAUCCUCUUUGCCUUGAAUAACUACAGAUUUCCAAAAGCACAUAUUAUUGAAAUAUUUAAAGACUUAGAGGUCCUAUUUUCCAAAUGUGUUUCAAUGCUUGUACUGAGAAAAAAAAAGUUUGGAAUUUAUAGUAUUCUGGUUAGUGGAAAAAAAGCAUUUCUAUUUCCUGAUGGUGUACAGUUUUUUACAUCAUUGUCAGGAGUAUCCCAGAAAUAUAUACCGCAUGCAAGAAUGGCUCAAUGCAUACUAAAGAGAUUUGGCUAAAAAUUUUAAGCUGUUGAAUGAGGCUAUAAGCAAACGGGGAUAAUUUUUGACUCUUCAGCAUCUGUCUCAAUUUACUAGUUAUAUUUUGUUCUUAUUAUAAUACUCACUGUAUAUUAUAGCUUUAUUGAACUUUGAAUAUUAUACUCCUUUAUUGUCCAGAUGGGUUUUUCUUUUGAUUGUUUCCUGAUAUGUCCACCCACAUUAUUUAAAAGCAAAAAGAGCUUCCUGGGCUACACUCAUUAAAUCAUAUCUUAACAAGUUGGUGGUAUCAGAGGGUUGUUGCCCUAGUAGAUAUUGUGGCUCAGUAAAAAGAAUGCUGAAGCUGGAGUUAGGAGAUCUAAACUAGAAGACUAGAACCCUAAGCCUGUGUGACCAUAGCUGAAUCAUCUGGCUUCAGUUUCUACAUCACUAAAAUGGGAAGAAUGACACUUGUACUAUGUAUCCCACAGGGUCAUUGUGAGGAAAGCACUUAGGAAAUCUUCAAGCACCAGAAUGAGUUUUUAGAUGUCUGCAUAAGGCUUUGGUUUCAACAUUACAAAUUUAAUAGAGUUUGAUCAGUGGUGGAAGUGCAGUGGUACAUUAUUAGUAAGUAUUCAGUUCCAGCUAAAUGUGUGCAUGCACACACACACACACACACACACACACACUCACACACACACCUAUUGUGCUAUUUCAGAACAUAACUUUUCAAACUCUAUGCCGAAUGUAAUUUCAGAUGAAGUGACAUUAGUAAAAAGGCCUACAGGUCAGCUAAGAUGAUGUUUUUCUGCUCCCAAAUUUAAGAAUUUCCUAAUCAGAACUUUUUAUUCACUUGUCUUAAUAAUUGAUUUCUGUGUAAUCAAUUGAACUGCCUGUGUAAUAAGACUGAUUCAGCUAAGACAGCUGAAAAGUAUGAUCCUGUUCUUCUAUCUGAUAUUUUAAAUUGUACAGAUAGGCAUAAACAUGCAGACUUCUAUCUAGUGGAAGAUAAUGAUAAAUAUACUCAUUGGGGUCACUAGUUGUUAGGCCUAAGAAAGUAAAGAUGAAUAUUGCUAAGUUAGUGAUAAGUUUCUGUGCCUCAAUAUAAUAAUACAGCUCUAAAUCACUAGUUUGUUUUCAUAAUCAUCACUCCCAUCAAGAAACUUGGACUAUAGGGGGCAGCU